AAUUCGAAUUCGGAUAACUCGAAAAACUCGGAUAAUACGAAGUAGAAUUUGGUCCCAACAAUAAAAAUCCUACUUGAAAUGUUCGAAUAACUCGAAGUAUCAUUUUUGAGUCUAAAAAAGAUCGUUGGUAAACACCGACAUUUUUUCAACAUCAAAUUUCCGGUUGUUAUCGGCACUUCAAACCUACCAAUUAUUAUAUGCUACUUAAAGUUCUCAAUAAAUUAAUUAAGCACAUUCUCUGUGGAAUCGUAUAAUAACAACUUUCGAUGAUAAAAAGUACUGAUUAAUCAUACAUCAAGCAAUUUCCUUAGGCGGUCGCCGAAAAUAACACACACCGCAGUCAACUCACCUACCCGCUCGCUCAAGCGGAACUAAUCUCUGACACGCUACACAGUUAGAAUCACAACCUUGGGUCGAUACUCGGCUAAUGUUUUUACAGGUGAAGAAAUAAAACAGUUGCCGGGUCCUAUUAAAUCGUUCAAUGACUGAAACAAUAAUAAUUACUGCUGAGGUGUUCAGAGUACCUCUGCAUUGAGGAGAUGUCAUAUGUAAUUUAGACAUAAAAGAAGGGGUGUUUCUCUGAAAAUUCAUACCCGUUUCGGAAUGUCGAAGUCAAUUGAGCAAUCCAAGGAAGGACCCGGUAAUCCCGGGGGGAUAAUUGGAUCAAUUGAUAGGAGGAAGACCGGCGUGAAGAGGAAGAUGACGACAUAUACAAUUGAGACGAAGUACCAGGCCAUCUUAGCUGUAGAGAGGGGAGACAGGUCAAAAUCAGACAUAGCGAGAGAAUUUGGUAUUCCAUCUAAUACCUUGUCAACAUGGUUAAAAUCAAAAGAAAAGAUCGUGACUAUCUACAGCAACAACGGACUGAGUCCCGCUAGAAAAAGGAUGAGAACUGCGAAGUUUGACGACAUUGAGGCUGCUUUGUUGAAAUGGUUCACCCAUGCCAGAGAUCACAAUCUUUCCAUUUCCGGUCCGAUGCUGAGAUCUAAAGCCAGCGAUCUCGCAGAGAAGAUGGGAGAGCAAAACUUCGCCAGCAGCACAGGAUGGGUCGACAGGUUUAAGGAACGACAUGGCAUCUGUUUUAAGAAGAUCUGCGGCGAGUCCAAGUCUGUUGAUACCUCAAGCGAUGCCAUGCCAAAGUGGGCCGACGACCUCUCAGAGUAUCAGCCGAACAACAUAUUCAAUGCAGAUGAAACCGGCAUCUUCUACCGAUUACUACCCGACCGGACACUCGACUUCAAAGGGACCGACUGUCAUGGCGGGAAACGAAGUAAAGAGCGCCUAACUGCCCUCGUAUGUGCCAACAUGACCGGUACUGAGAAGCUCCCCCUGUUCAUCAUCGGGAAGUCGAUCAAACCAAGAUGCUUUAAGAAUGUGAGCUCGCUACCAACAGAGUAUACCGCAAACAAAAAAGCAUGGAUGACCAGAGACAUUUUCACAGACUGGAUCCGUAAAUCUGACCGGAAGUUCGCCAGACAACACCGCCGCAUCGCCAUGGUGAUAGAUAACUGCCCUGCCCACCCAGUGAUUAAAGAUCUACGAGCCAUCAAACUCAUCUUCCUGCCUCCUAACACUACCAGCAACACCCAGCCGUUGGACCAAGGAGUGAUCCAAAACCUCAAAGUACACUACCGGAAGCGCCUACUACUACGCCACGUUAAAGCCAUAGAUAGAUCACAGGUACCAGAGAUAUCCGUACUCGACGCCAUGAGACUUCUAUCACUCGCAUGGGGAUGCGUCACAGAGACUACUAUUCGGAACUGCUUCCACCACGCAGGUUUCAAGACCGAUGCUGACCCAACUCCCAUCUACAGUGACGAUGAAGAUGACAUCCCACUCGCACACCUAGCUAACCUACCAGUUCCUUUCGAUCGAUACGUCUCUGUAGAUGCUGAUCUCCAUACUAGUGCUACUAUGACAGAUGAUGACAUCGUUGAUGAAAUCCUGCAGCGUAAGAACGACAACACUGACGACUACGCUGAUGCUGAGACUGCCGAUAAUGAUGUAUCCGUACCACCAGAACCCACUACCGACAUGACCACGGACGCUUGCGCCCUACUCAUCCGUGCGUUGGAGACUCAUCCCAACGAUAAUACUUAUCCUCUCCGACACAUCAGACUUUUUAACCCACCUUUAUGCAGAACUAAUAGCUACUUUGAUCGUUUCUUCCUGUCUAUGUGCCGCACAGCUAACAACACAGAUGCUAACUACUCUGAUUAUCCCUCACUUGCAAGCUUUUAACAAAGACUAAAUAACAAUAACACAUUGGAAAUUGAAUCUGUUAAAAUCUUAAAACUGAAGGAACCAGAAGGGCGAACAUAAUUUUAACUCAGCUUAGAAAUUAUUGCAGUGAUCUAAAUUUUGAUUUAAACCAGGACCAUUUAACAGACAAUCCAUUAUGUAAUUGUUCAUAUGACCGUGAAACAGUUUCUCAUUUUUUUCUAGAUUGUCCUCUACAUAAUGAUUUGCGGAUAAAUUUGUUUACUUCCCUCAAUAAUUUUAAUAUUGACCAUAACAAUAUUUGUAUUAACAUUAUUUUAAAUGGAUGUCCUAGGUGUGAUGGAAAUGUGAUAAGUAAUACUUAAUGAUGUCCAAACUUUUACAGGAAAAUCUCAUCGUUUUAACUUAUAUAAGAUCUAAGAAGCCAUCAUACUGUUCAUCUUGAAAAAUACUACUUCUUCAUGAAAUUAAUAAUUUUUAACUUAAGUUUAAUAUCAUAUAUAUAUAUAUAUAUAUAUAUAUAUAUAUGAACCCAGUUGAACAUAGCUGAUAUUUAGCUGUCAUUAACUACAGUAUUAUUAAAAUUACAUAAAUUAUAUGCAUAGAAAAUUCCUAUACAGUUCAGGUGGUGAUGACCUGUGCAAUAUAGGCACAUGGACUUUUGGUCUAGCCACCUGUUACUGUCUCUAUAUUAAUUAACUUUGAUGUCUACAAUUGUUUAUUUAUUUCAUUCGGAACUGAAUCACUGUUAUAUUUGUUUAUAUUUAUGUUAAAGUGUGUAUGUGUGUGUGCAAGUGCUUUAUGUAACAUAUUCUGUGUUUAUCUUGUGUUGAAAAAUAGUUACUUCCCUUAAUUCCUUUGUUUAUAUUAUGUAUUUCAUUUCAAAAUAUUUAGACCAAUUAAUUUAAAAGAUUGUAAUUAUAUUCGAUCGCUCAAUCCACCAUGGAAAUAAUUUAUAUAGGCUUGCCUGUUAUUCGAUCCAAUGCAUAUUAACAUCAUGUCAGUAAAAUUUGUUGAAAUGAGAGAGAGAGAGAGAGAGAGAGAGAGAGAGACAGAGAGACAGACAGACAGACAGACAGACAGAGAGAGACAGAGAGAGAGAGAGAGGACUACUCGUGUCGCGGACUAGAACAGAGAGAGAGAGAGCCAAUUUCUGGACAAACUUUGUUUUCUCUUAGAUAAAGAAAUCACAACUAGUAGAUUUAUGCGAAUAGUAUUUCCUUAUUUAUAUACAAAAUAUCUUCCUUAGAUAUAUCAGUAAGACAAUAUAAUGAUAGCAUGUGCGAAUUGUUCAUGAAAUACAUUUGUAUGUCAAUAAAACAUGACAGUGUCGGAAACAGGAAGUAAGAAAAUGAGUGUAAAUCGGAUAUGACAAUGUUCUAUGUCCGGAUGUGAAGGUGCGGACAUAGAUCAAAAGAACAUGUACGGCAACCUCUCGAUGGCAUUUACAAUGCCAAGGUUUUCGAUUACAUAUCUUCGAAAUCAAUUCAUAUUUGAAAAUAAACGUGUAUAUUCUAGCCAUCUCGACAA